AUGGUGAAGCUUCCAUUCCAGAAAGGCAAGGAAGGAAAGUCCUCCAACCUUGUCAAGGAGGAUGAGGCAAUCGAGAGGGUUGCCCUUGAUCCAAAGGAUAUGGGUCGUAUGGCAAUUCUUCGUGGAGUAUAUCCAAAAGUUUCGCCAAAAGACAAAAAUUCACCAUGGGCGUAUUUCCACAAGAAAGACUUACAAAUGAUCAACAGUGACCCAAUGGCUUGGUUCAUUCGUGAUCACGCAAAUUGGUUAAAACACCAUGAAAAACGUUACAAUCGCAAAGAACUCGAUCAAACACCAGAGCCAGUCGCUCCUUAUGACCAAUUAAUCCGCAGUCGCUAUCCAACUUUCGCUGAUGCAAUCAAAGAUCUUGAUGACGCACUCACAACAGUUGCUCUCUUUGCUCAAAUGUCUGGUUCUGACAUCCUUGAUUCGGCACGCGUUCUUAAAUGCCGCCAUCUCUUAGCUGAGUUCCAUUAUUACGUUUCCCACAAACAUCUCCUUACAAAAGGCUUCAUUUCAAAGAGAGGUUUCCAUUUCGAGGCACAGAUCGAAGGACUCCCUGUUGUUUGGCUUAUUCCUCACCAAUUUACAUUAUCAAAAGAUCCAGAUGUUGAUUACACAGUUCUUCUCAAUUUCCUUGAGCUUUACGAAAAUCUCCUUUCAUUUGUCAAUCUCCGCUUAUUCAAACUCAUCGGAUUAAAGUAUCCACCAGAAUAUGACCAGAAGAAGUGGGAUUCCGGCUUUUACAUCGACGCUAUCAUCGACAACAACGAGCAACCAGUUGUUGAGUCCGUUGCCGAAGCUCCAGCCGAUGCCAAAGUCGAUAUGGACAAAGUUGCAGGAAUAUUCGCCAAAGCCGCUGCUGAAACAGUCGAAAAUGAUGAAGAAAAGGCCGAUUCUGGCGUUUUCGGAAACUACGUCUUUACAAUUGGCCGCGAAACCCCACGCGAUGCUCUUGCCUUGAUUAUUCGCUCACUUGGUGGCCGUAUUAUCUGGGACGAGUCAUCCAAGGACACAUCCAUCACACAUACGAUCACCGACAGAAAAGUUAUCAACGAGAGAGUACUUUCCAGAAAAUACAUUCAGCCACAGUGGGUUUUUGACUGCUUAAACAAGCAUUCAUCACUUGACUGUGCUCCAUACCAGCCAGGCCAAGUCCUCCCACCACACCUCUCUCCGUGGGACGCUCCUGUCCAGCCAGAAGCACCAGAAGAGAUCGAUGACAGAGAAGUUUUGGCCGAUGACGAUGACGACGAAAAUGCGGAGAUCAGCUCAGAGAUCAGACAGAGAGCGAUGGAGAUUGAGCACGCGGAAGGCAUCGCUCAGGAACUUGGCGUUGCCAAGGAACAGACAGAGACACUUGAAGAUCUCAAACAGAAGAAGAAACAGAUGAAGGAAAAAAAGAAAGAAGAAAGAGAAAGACUUUUGGCAGGAACAUUGCCAGCAAGAAAGGCAAAGAUCUACCACGAGUUGAAGGAGAAAGAAGACGCAAAACUAAAGAAGAAGAAAGGUGCUGCAAAGGAGGAUGCUGAUACUGUUCGUGUUAAUGAAGAAGCAAUGGAAGAAGAAGAAAAAUAA